AGUGUUGGAUGGCAUCAGUUCACUCCACUCGCGAAUCGGCUUUCUACUUAAGUUAGUGCUAGAAGCGAACUGGCGUUACAAGCCUGCUUCUGCUACUGCUUCUUCUUAAAGUACAAAUUCAGGAUUUAUAGUUGUCCUUGCGGCGAGGGCGACUGAAACUCAACAUACUCUUACUCAAGGUCAAGACUAGAAAUCUCAGACGAAGUGGCCGCAAUAUUUAUUGAUCACUGCGGACGUUCUUCUACUAUACUUCUUUGUGAUGAUGAUGUUUCGCGGCAUCACCGCCACGGCACUUCUCCACCUGGGAAGAUGGCUCCUUCCCACUACGGAGGCUCUGACGAUGCACCCUCGUCCUGCUGAUGCCCCCGAAGUCUUAUUUGGUGGCGCGGAGCAAGAGAUGAAGAUGGCGGAGAACAAACCUGCGACGGCGACGGCCCGACGUCGUGUGCGUAUUUUUUCCAUCAACGAUGUGUAUUUGCUGGACCUCGGCAUGCCCUACGUGAUGGCGGAAAUGUCCACUUUUCGUCGUGAGAACCCGGACACGAUCGUGAUUUUCUCGAUCCUAUCCUGUGUAAAAACGUACCCACACCAGAGUCAAGAUGGGAAAUCUGCUACACAAAUCAGCCAGCUUCGGUUGUUUCGCAUGACAAGUUUGCCCGCGUAGUGUGAUCCUGUUUAGGUAGUUCAGCAGCAUCACAGAUCUAGCUUGUCAUGCUGAUUAUAGCAUCACAAAUUCCAAUUCCAAAGCACGACUAGAAAAUGCCUCUCAUGGGUCUCCGCAUGAGAAACAUUUUCAGCAUGCUGAUUUGCAUUACAACUCUGGUGUGGGUACGUUUUUACUCAGGAUAGAUCCAGGGCGACUUUCUCGGCGGCGGUGCGCAUGUGAACUUCGACGCUGGCGCAACGCUCGUCGAGCAGCUCCUCCUCCUCGGUUCGAAGGCGGACUACCGCCUGGUGUCUGUAGGCAAUCACGAAUUCGACCCGGGCCUCAGAGUCCUCGUUGAGAGGCUGGAGAAACUGACGCAGGACGCGUCUUAUCCCUGGAUAUGGACUGCAAAAGUAUCGUACUCGUAUAAAUGCAUUACAAAUUUCCUCACCAUGAGAAGUGAAAUUUGUAAUGCGGGUUUCCCUUUAAAAAAAUAUUUGUAAUGCAUGAUUGCCAUACGAGUACGAUACUUUUGCACAGGAUACUGGAUUUUCGUGAACAACAAUUUCGGCGUCAAUUUGGACCGGGCGAAAAAGUACCAGGAAUAUCCUGAGUAAAAAUGUCCCCACACCAGAGUUGUCAUGCAAAUCUGCAUGCCAAAAAAGUUUCUCAUGCGGAGCCCCAUGAGAACCAUUUUCUGAUCCUGUUUCGGAAUUUGUAAUGCUAGAAUCAGCAUGAUAUGCUAGUUUUGUGAUGCUUCGGAACUAGCUAAACAGGAUUACACUACGAGGAUAAACUUGUAAUGCGAAACAACCAGAGGUGGCUGAUUUGUCUAGCGGAUUCCCCAUCUUGACUCUGGGGUGGGGACGUUUUUGCUCAGGAUAAGGAAGACGCGGCACUUUUGGGGAGGCCUGCGGCGGCGAGCUUCGCCUCUGUCGAAGCCUUCGCGAAGCUGAGCGAGCCUGCUGCUUUUGGAAAAAAGGAAAGAACGGGCGUUGUGUGGGAGAAUAUCCCGAUUACGGAAGGACCGCUUGCCGGGGGACGAAUGGCCGCGCAGGGUAUGCCCGUCCAAAUUCUGCAGCCGUUCUACCCGCAAAAUAACUUCACGAUGACCCUGCUCGCGGCCUGCUACACAGAGACGGGCUAUUCGCAAGCGGCCACGGCCUGGCCGUUCUUCGUGGCGGUGGGCGGCGAAACGAACAAGGGCUUGUUUCAAGACAAACCGCGCGCCGAGCAACAUUUGUUGUUUUUUUCCGAGCUGACGAGGCAAGUGAAGAAGGUACAAAACGAGAAAAACAUGUUUCAGUUGGCACUCACGCACCAGUCGGACAAAGAUGACGAGCUGUUUUUCUGUUCUGCAAAGAACCAGGAGGCGGGUAACUGUCCGUACGGAGUUAUGGGAGCGGAUUUAGCGCUGGCAGCACACUCGCACGAGACGCUCUUUUUGCAGACGGCUGCUAAGAUUCUGGUAAAGACCAGCAUGGACGCGAAGGAGCUGAUCGUGUGCGACAUCGAAUUGCUCACAGAAGGUGCAGCCGCGUGAUAUUGUGAUUUCUAUGAUUUAGUGAAGCAGUUGUAGUAGUUUUUUCGAGUCCUCCGUCCGAGGAAGAAGCAGCCCAACACAGGUAGACCAAUCGUAAUCAGUAUCUAUCAGAACAACAACAUCGGGGUGCGCCGAUUACAGGAACCCCAUGAAUAAAGAUAUUACGCAAGAUCAGUACAGGAACCCCAUGAAUAAAGAUAUUCCGAUGCUGGUCGAAGAAGGCAAAAACCGAAGGCGUUUGCCGCCGCACGAUUAACAUCAUCAGCACAAUAACAAUAUGGAACAAGCUAAGAAUUUAAAUUUUCUAUUUCAGGUGCGUGGCAGAACGACUGCGCUCUGAAGAGCAUGUUCAAGCCGAAGCAGAGCGAAACUUUGAACCUAGACAACGUGGCGAAGAUCAUCGAAGACGCCGACACGCGAGAGGACGUGGUGAAAAUCCUGCGGCUCACGGACAAUCUGAUGAAGGUGAUGCAAUCGAGCGAUUACGCCUUAAUGCCCGCUGCAGCCACCCGUCCGCUCCUGGACGACUUGAACAAGAGGAAUGAGGCGAAGGACCCGAACCUCUGCACGCCUUCGCUAACAACGAAGUGCCCCGACCCCGUCUGGAGCUAUUUCUCUUCUUGGAGCAAGAAGAACGAGCGGAUCGACCAGAUUGCCUUUUUGACUCUGAUCAGCGAGUGGUAUUUGCGCGGCGUGCAGGGCGACAAGGGCAAAAAGUGUCCGUUCUACGCGCAAGGCUCGGAGGAGGAGAAAGCAUUCCAAACCUACCCGACCCUCCUCGUGAUGCACAGUGGUUUUAUGCGCGGCAUGGCGCCCCCCUUCGCCGACCAGAGCAUCGCGCUCGACCAGACGAUCACGCGCAAGCUCCUCGCCGACGUGUUCGCCUUCGAUACCAUAUCAAAUGUAAAAAUGUCUGGGUCUGGAAGAAUGGAAGGCUUGUCAUGCUCGUCUGGCAUGACCCAUGAUGCUUGUAAUGCAUGACCCAGCAUCACAGAUUUUUGGAAAGCUUCCUGAUGCCAUUUCCGCAUGACAAAUGCCCUCCUCGCGUAGCACAAAUGUGGCUCCUCUUGCUGGUCAUGCAAUACAGAUCUUUUUAGAGUCCAAACUUAGCAUCACAAGUUCCAACUUUCCAGACCCAGACAUUUUUAAUACAUUUGAUAUACCAACUUCAUCACGUAUUUUCUCGCCGUGCCCGGCGGGGCGCUGGAGGACGCUUUGAGGCUCCAGUCGGAUACGAAGUUCAACGACGGCGCUUAUCUCGACCUCGACAUGGCACGCGUGGAUUUCAGAUUCACUCCACGUGUCGCGACCCGCGGUAAAAACAUCGGCACGGGCAAGGUGAUCACCGGAAUCGAAAAAAUCGAUGGAGUGCCCUUUUCCAGGGAGAAGAUGUACAACAUCGCAACCACGGCCAAUUUUGCGUUCUUUCACGAAGCGCUGAACGGGGCCAAGCAGCCCGUCGCAAAGUGGCCCUCGGUGUGGGAGGCGUACCAGCAGAAGUACGGCACGCCGCAACGCAAGGUCGUUCUGAUGCGCUACUUCUUGGCACCGUGGUUGCAGCGAGUCGCGUAUUGAGAGGAAAAAUCCCCCCUCCCCAUAUUGAAAAGGUAUGUUUCCAAAAAUUUCUGUUGCGGAUUUGAGGUCACAAAUCAUGUCUGUCUUGCAAGAAGACAAGGACAGAAGCUUCCGCCCCAUUAUCGAAGCGGUUUGUCAUGCUGUUGGGCCUAAAGGGGGGCGCUUGCCAUGCUGAACUACUAGACCCAUACGCCCCUAGCUAGCCUGGGGAUCUGGCCGCAGUGCCUCUCUGCAAUACAAAGCUGAUUUGUGGUCACAAAUCAGCAUCACAAAUUUCCUUUUUGAUAUGGGGAGGGGGGAUUUUUCAUUUUGAUAUCGCGCGGACGGCGGACUUUGAGCUGGUGAAAGGCACCCACGACCACAGCGCGGACGAGAAAGGAUCGCUGUCACUGCCGGAGAUGGAGAAUUUGGUGUAUCUGCAGUGGGCAAAGGGAGCUUUCUCGUCCACCACAGAAGAUGAACCAGGCGUGUUGGGGGGCUUUCCGUCGUUACAAUCGCUGCUGACAGCUGGUGGAGCCGCGGAGUCGUCGUGGUCCAACAUCUUCGCUAGAAGACGUCCUGCCACCGUCGAAGACGCGAUCCAAGAGUACGAAACGUACCUGAAGCAGGACAAGGAGCAGCAGAAUAUGUUGCGCGGUGUUCUUCCGAAGGUGUUGCAGGUGAUCCAGAGCGAACCCUACAAAUUGGAAACGCCGUUGAAGCUUUUGGCAGCUUCAAGCGUCCCAGUUCGAAAUAAGCACUGCGGUUAUGCUAUAAAACAGGUUAGGGGGUGGCAAAGCAGGCGAGUCUGGCAGGCUUUUUUUUGUUUUCAGAGUGUUUUUCUUGCUGCCCUAAGUAGGAAUGCGAAUGAGGAAAGCGAGUGAUGAACUCAAAUGAUGAAUGCGAAUGAUGAAUUAGAAUAACAAGCCAACUGGUUUCGGCUUUCAAGAAGGGGGCGGGGCGCGACUACUCCUCACCCGAUGCAAAAACAUGCUUUAUGUUUACAAGAAGACGGGUCGCCCUGAUGGGCGACCCUUUCUUGAGCUUGAUCCUUUUGCAAGCAGAUAGCGAGUAUACGGCAAAAUGCUCACUAAGACUGUUGGGCUAGGCCCCCUGCGAAGGAAGCGAAGAGGCUGGGAUAGGGGUAGCGUUGGCUCUUCAAAAAACAUGGCGCAUCACGCAGCAGCGCACCCAUAAGAACAUAAGGCAGUUGGAAGCCAACCGAAGAAGACGGGGCGCCAUCUUGUGUGGGCCUUAAUUCUUUGACUUCGGGGUCAGGUCUUGAGUUGUGCAAUCCCGGGCAGCCGGGCCGAGCACUUCCAGAAGUUACCCGCCGAGGCGUUCGCGCGGGGCAAUGUUCACUCGCGCGACUCUUUGGCCCGUCCGGGGGAGCUUGUUUUGCUGUUGCGCGCGGCAACGGAAAAGGAGC